ACUAAUAAUUGCUUGGUACCUCAUAGACCUCCUUUCUCAUCUUUUCUUUCCAUGGAGAGAGUAUCCUCCAAACCAGAUGGUGAUGAUCAUGACGAAUUCUCUGAGAUCACCCGGAGGCCGUUCGAUCUAUCCGACACCGAUGAUAUCAUGGUGUGGGCUACAGACAACAAAGUGAGUCAGUUUUGCACUUGGAACACCUACACAUCCAGAGAACAAGCCAUAGACUUCAUAGAAAACAUAGCAAUUCCGCAUCCAUGGUUGAGAGCUAUAUGCCUUAAAAACAGGGCGAUUGGGUCUGUUUCAGUGAUGCCGAGCUCAGGUAUUGGGGCAAGCAGAGGUGAGAUUGGGUAUGCUUUGGCAUCAGAGUAUUGGGGCAGAGGAAUUGUGACAAGGGCAGUGAAAAUGGUGGUUUCAAGUGUGUUUAGUGAGUGGCCACAUUUGGAGAGACUUGAAGGUUUGGUUUAUGUUGACAACUUGGGGUCCCAAAGGGUGCUUGAGAAGGCUGGGUUUCAAAAGGAGGGUGUGCUAAGGAAAUAUGUCACUGUUAAGGGGAGGUCUAGAGAUAUUGUGAUCUUCAGUCUUCUCUCCUCAGAUCUCAUUAGUUGAUUAAUUUCAAUAAUGAUAGGUACAAAAAAAUAUGCACAAAAUAUAUAUUGUGUGAUUGAUGUUUAUUGACCCAUGUCUUGCGCAAUAUAAAUUUUAGAAACACAACGUAUUUUCUAUGUAUA